CUCGCCUCUCAUUGUUGCGUUGAGUAGAUACCCUCCGGCGACGUCUUCACUACUCAUCUCUUUACUGUAGCUCCUCGAAGGCACGUAACUCACACUUUAUCUGACUCGUAGGCAGACUUAUUCGAUAGAAUACUAUAGUAAGAGACUACGUCUUCGACAUCUGAGCUAGUACUGUCAAGUGCCCUGCUUUAUUAUCAUCUCGUUUUCAAUGGCUAGUUUGAAGGAAGAGAACGACGCUUUGGGAUUGCCUCCACUCGAGGGGAAAUUUGUCAGUGAACUUGGUCGGGAGCUUUAUCGGAGGUUGUUCUCCUACUCCUCUAAAGGCAUGUCCGUCCCAUAUAGGCAUCAGAUGCGGAUGAUACUGAUUCCCGCAUGGUUAGAUUACCGCCGUGACGAGUGGAUCAAGACUCUUACGCGCGACGAGCAGGCUGCUGUCAGGGCCGAGAUGGAUCGAGAGUUGAAGCAGGCAGAAGAGGAUGAUGCAGCUUCAGAUCCCACGCGGCAUACAUCCUCGCUGUUGAACAGGCUUUGUGGCUUCAAUACGGACGCCUUAGCAUGGGAAUACGGCGUCAUGGAUGGGAACAUGACAGAGUUGCGCAUUCGUCAGGAGCAGGAAAGGGAGGCUAGAUAUUUCGAAUGGUCACAAACAAGUGGUAUUCCUAGGGACGUCAAAAUCUUCCAUAUGCGAAACUCUAAAGGACAUUAG